UGAAACUGGGAAAAUAUAAAAUGUUUUGGCAACAUUACAAGUUUCGAUUUCGAUCAGACUUCAUUGAGAAAACUGAAAAGGUUAUCUCAAAUUAAUAAGUGUUUUCAAUCUUUUCUUCAUUUACUUACGCCCUCACGAUGUCGGACGCCCCUGGUCGCCCCAUGAAGUUCCCUUACACGUUCUCAGCGAAGGUCGCUCAGUUCCCAUAUAAAUUUUACCUCCAGAAUUUGUGGCUCUGGCGUUACUGGGCUGCCGCCAUCGUAAUUUCCUCACCACUCUUCUACAAAAUUCACAAAAUGUCAAACUCCCCUGAAAAUGUAAGCAAGUGGGCUGAAAUCAGAAGGAAAGAAGCUGCCGAACACCACUAAAUGUAGUAGUUCCAAUCACAGCUUGUAAUAAAUUGUUUGAUUUAUUUAUGUUGUAAGCAAUAAUAAAAUCAUGGGCUAGUU